AUGGAUUCUGCAAAAGGUUGGUUUCAGAAGAGACAGAUGCGUGGAGGAUCGAGAUAUAAAGGUGGUUCAGGUGGUGGAGGUAGUAAUGUCUCUGCAGAUGAAUCAGCUCACGUCGAAACAACCGAUGAAGAAACCGUCUCAAACACUACCAAACAGAAAGUUGCAGCAGCUAAACAGUACAUUGAGAAUCAUUACAAAGAGCAAAUGAAGAUUCUACAAGAAAGAAAAGAAAGGCGAAGCGUGCUAGAGCAGAAGCUAGCGGAUGCUGAUGUGUCUGAAGAAGAUCAAAACAAUCUUCUCAAGUUUCUGGAGAAGAAGGAAACAGAGUAUAUGCGCCUUCAACGCCAUAAGCUAGGCGUUGCUGAUUUCGAUUUGCUCACAAUGAUUGGUAAAGGUGCAUUUGGGGAGGUUAGAGUUUGUAGAGAAAAGACUACAGGUCAAGUUUAUGCAAUGAAAAAGCUCAAAAAAGCCGAGAUGCUUCGAAGAGGACAGGUUGAGCAUGUAAGAGCAGAGAGAAACUUACUUGCGGAAGUGGAAAGUAACUACAUAGUAAAGCUUUAUUGUUCAUUUCAAGAUGAUGAUCAUCUUUACCUUGUAAUGGAGUAUUUGCCUGGUGGAGAUAUGAUGACUCUUCUGAUGCGGAAAGAUACUUUAACAGAAGAAGAAGCUAAGUUCUAUGUCGCUGAGACGGUUCUCGCUAUCGAGUCCAUCCAUAGGCAUAAUUACAUCCACAGGGAUAUCAAGCCGGAUAACUUGUUGCUUGAUAGAUAUGGACAUCUUAGACUAUCGGAUUUUGGAUUGUGUAAACCUUUGGACUGCAGUGCCAUUGGAGAAAACGAUUUUUCAAACAACUCGAAUGGAUCUACCGAGCAAGAGGCCGGAUCAACUGCUCCAAAACGCUCUCAGCAAGAACAACUUGAGCAUUGGCAGAGAAACAGAAGAACACUAGCUUAUUCCACUGUUGGCACACCAGAUUACAUAGCUCCAGAAGUUCUAUUGAAGAAAGGCUACGGAAUGGAAUGUGACUGGUGGUCUCUUGGAGCUAUCAUGUACGAAAUGCUAGUGGGCUAUCCGCCGUUUUAUUCAGAUGAUCCUAUGUCAACCUGUAGAAAGAUAGUAAACUGGAAAAGUCAUCUGAAGUUUCCAGAGGAAGCAAUAUUGUCGCGGGAAGCAAAAGAUCUUAUAAACAGCUUGUUGUGCAGUGUUAGACGUAGGCUUGGUUCCAAAGGUGCUGAUGAAAUAAAGGCUCAUCCAUGGUUUGAACCUGUUGAUUGGGAUACAAUAUUUGAUAUGGAUGCAGCGUUUGUUCCAGAGGUCAAUGAUGAUUUAGACACUCAAAAUUUUGAGAAGUUUGAUGAGUCCGAAUCGCAAACUCAAACAUCAUCCAAGUCAGGUCCAUGGAGGAAGAUGUUGUCGUCUAAGGACAUCAACUUUGUAGGGUACACUUACAAGAAUUUCGAGAUUGUUAAUGAUUACCAAGUUCCUGGAAUGGCGGAGUUAAAGAAGAAGAACAAGUGGAAGCGACCAAUGGUCAAGUCACUCUUCGAUAGUGGAUCAUCAGAAACAUCAGAUUCAUCAGAAACAACAACAAGACCGACUUGUGAUCGACCUCCUCCUACUCCUCCCAUGGUUCAGGGAAGCUUUUUGAAACUUCUGCCACCAGAACUUGAAGUGAGGCCAAAGCAGGAAGAAUCCGAAGCUUGCUAA